UCCCUUCUCUCGGUCCGGUGGUGAUUGUUUGAUAACACUCUUGUCGGGAUGGCUUCGACUAUCUCCAAUUUAAUUUUUAAGAUUUUGUGUGAUAAUGACGGUUGUUUAGAUUUAAGGCAGCUGAAUGCGGAACUCGCACGGAGCAGUUUUGGUGUUAAAGUGGCGAACCUGCGCUCCGUCCUUAUCGAUGACGGUAAAAUUGCGAUUCGGACUAACAAACAAAGAUGCCCGGGGCAUGACAUCGGGCCUGACAGUCUGAUAGUCGCUAAAACCAGUCUGAGACUUUGCCAGAGAAAAGUUGGGGAAUGCACCCAGUGUGAUAGUUUACACCUGUGCAGGUAUUUUGUCUGCGGAGGUUGCACUUUCGGACCAAAGUGUAAAAAUCCGCACAGUCUGGCUUCCUCACACAACGCGGAGAUUUUAAAGAGAUAUGGUCUUCAGGAUUUGACAGAGAAACAACUCUCGCAGCUUUUAUUGCAGAAUGACCCUUUUCUGCUUCCUGAGGUUUGUCCUCAUUACAAUAAGGGUGAUGGUCUGUUUGGCUCCUGCAAAUACCCCACCUCCUGCAGAAAGCUUCAUGUCUGCCAGCAUUUCCUCCAGGAGGAUUGCAAGUUUGGCUCUGGAUGCAAGAGAAGCCACAGAAUUGAUGAAGAAGGCAUUAAGCUUUUCAAAGGAUUCAGUCCGGGGAAUAUCCAAAGCCUCUACAAGAUCUACAGGAAUAAAUUCAUCAUCACUGCAAAACAAGAGAGUCAAGCUGUUGUUCCAGUGUUUCCAGCGGUGACAUCUAUUCGUCAGCCGCCUUCCCAGCAGCCUUUGAAAAUCAGCUCUGGACCCCUCUCCAAACCAAACAGCGAUGUCGAUAGGCAUGAAAUCUGUCUCUUCAAUAUUCGCACAACCUGCAGCUUUAAAGAGAACUGUGUGCGUGUCCAUUGGAACCUACCUUACAAAUGGGAGGUCUUAGACACAGAUGGUGUAACUUGGAAAGACUUGCCUGAUAUGGAAGAAAUUGAAAAGGCAUAUUCUGACCCAUCAUUGAACACUAGCUGCAUGGAUCCUCUCCUCUCUGGGUUAUUUGCUAUGACUCUGAAUCUCAGAGCUGCAUCUAUAAAUCAAGAGUAUGUUGACUUUAAAUCAAUGACCUAUCACGGCUCUCCGGUCCGCCGCCUGUCCACUGCGUCUUCUGUCUUACAUCCACCACACUUUAUUCUCACAACUCAGUGGAUCUGGUACUGGAAGGAAGACGAUGGAUCGUGGAUCGAGUAUGGAAAGGGUGGGGGAGGCACCACAGUGUCUUCUGAAACACUGGAGAAAAUGUACCUGGCAGAAAAAGAUGCAGAGGUCCCUUUCCAGGCAGGCAAACAUCAAUAUAUUCUUCAUUUUAAAAGUGCAGAAGGAAGCCAGAUGUAUCAGAAGAAUAUAAAGUACCAAACCAAGAGAGAGAUCCGAAGGAGGCCUCGCUUUCUGUCAGCUAAGGAUGUGAAGGACCUCAAGAGUGGAUCAGUACUACUUUCCAGCUCCUCCACAGUUGAACAUAUUCCAUCCCACUGGUGCAAGAAAGCCCUGCCUGAUAUUGGAUAUAAGCUCGUGCUUCUCUCAAGUCCUGAUCCACAUUAUAAGGUUGAAGAGAAUUUCAGACGCACCAUGCAGUUUAGUAGAAUUGAAAGCAUCCAGAGGAUCCAGAACCCGUCUUUGUGGAAAGUCUUUCAAUGGCAGAAGGACCAGAUGCAGAAGAGGAAUGGUGGGAAAAAUGUGGAUGAAAAGUUUUUAUUCCAUGGAACCGAAGAUCACUUGGUUGAUGCCAUCUGUGAUCAAAACUUUGACUGGAGGAUGUGUGGCGUUCAUGGAACAGCCUAUGGCAAAGGGAGCUAUUUUGCCAGAGAUGCAUCCUACUCAGACAAAUAUUCCAGAGUGGGAAGAAGUCUGAAUAAGAUCAUGUUUGUUGCUCGAGUGCUGGUUGGUGAAUACACAAAGGGAAGGAGCAGCUAUGUUCGACCACCAACCAAACCAGGAAGCAAAGCCUUCUACGACAGCUGCGUUGACUCUGUUAGCAACCCCAGCAUAUUUGUGAUCUUUGAAAAACAGCAGAUUUAUCCAGAGUACCUUAUCAAAUACAGAUAAGAAAAGAAUGUUUAUUUUCUAUUCCAGAUAGAUUAGAAAAAUCUAUAAUGUAAUGCUUUUUAGCUUAAAGCAACGGUGCACAUAAGGGAACAUUUUGCUGGGUAUUUUGGUGAAUAUGAACAUAUUUCACAUUUUUUUUCUUUUUUUUGCUCUUUAUUGCCAAAUAUUGCAAUUUAGUGGGAUUGAGUGUGGAUCACAAACCAGAUAGUUAAAAUGAUAACAAACAAAAAUAAAUAAAACAGGUGUACAACAAUUGAAAAUAAUGUGGAAUUGAAAUGGACAAACAGCACAGCCUGUGGGAGUUAAUUUUUCAUCUUUUUGACUUGACUUUAGCACUUUUUUUGUUUUAUACAUCUGUUUUUCCCAGUCUUGUGUGAAUAUUUCUUCUUUCAUCUUGGCUAAUAAUUGAGUCUUCCAUUUUUAAGAUAUUUUCUAUGGUGACCAGCCAUUAACCAUAUGUUGCUAUCUCAGUCUUAAGCUAGGUUGUUUUUUUGUUUUUUGUUCUUUUUGCAGCCACCAACAGUAUUUCAAUUAGAUUUUGGUCAUUCUCAUGCACAUUUUUCUGCAAGUGUCCUAGACAUAACACACAACAAAAACAAUGUGUCAUUGAUGUUCUACUCCCCUCUGAAGACACACACUUCCAGUGGAGGUUUUAAAAGAAGCAGCGUCCUUUUUCAACUUUCUGUCUUGCCGGUAGCCACCUCGGCUGCGUAAGGCUAGACAGUAAAGCAUUAAAGUAGCAACCAGAACACCUCUUGAGAAGUCUGCGCUCACAGGACAAAGUCAGACUGCCUUUUUCC